AUGACGAACAAGUGCAAUCAUUGCGGUAAAUACCUCGCAAUAAUAGAUGGCGCCAAGUGUACCAAAUGCGCUAUGCUAUUUCAUCGAAUGUGCGUUAAUAUAAAGCCUGGAGACCCCAUUCCCAAAAAAUUACUAUGCAACAAUUGCAAAGUAGGAACGAAGCGCACCAUUAAUGCGAGUACCAGUAGCCAUCCCUCUCCCAGCUCAGAUAUAGAAAAUGCAGAGGAAAAUUUCAUAGACGCUAACGAAAAUAAUUCUGAAAAGUCCCUCGCCCACGAGAUAAGGCUGUUGCGAUUGGAAUUUUCUUCGGUAACCAGGGAGCUGUCGCGGCUUAGUACGACUAUAUCAGAGUUUAAUAAACGAAUAGACAGCGUCGAGCAACGUUUAGACAAUUUAGAAAAAAAUAAUCACGAGCGAAACUCGGGAAUAGUUGACAGAAAUACGACCGAAGUAAUAGCCCAACUACGAUCCGAAUUGAAUGACCGUGACCAAGAGAACCUGCUGAACGAUAUCGAAAUUUCGGGUUUAGAGGAGAAAAGUGGCGAAAAUUCAACCAAUAUAGUGCUUCUAGUUGCUAAAAAAAUUGGGGCGUCCCUGGAGGAACGCGACAUUGUCAGCUCUGAGCGCUGGGGACCGCGCCGCAUCAUAGCCGAUCACAGCGGGCAAACUCGGCCACGGCCGAUUAUCGUGCGUCUCGCCCGCCGCGCCGUCCGCGACGAAAUGCUACGAGCCGCUCGCGUGCGCCGCGGCUGUGACUCAUCGGGAAUCGUCGAGUCUGAAGCUAAGAGGUUUUAUGUUAACGAGCGCCUCACUCCGAUGAAUCGCCAUAUAUUUUAUAAAACACGUGAAUUAGGUCGACGCGAUGGAUGGCGAUAUAUCUGGACGCGAGGAGGUCGCAUUUAUGCUCGUCGCAAUGGAAACUCCGAAACUCGUCGGAUACGCACAUUGGAGGACACUAUAUGUCAAAUGAAUAAGUCAAAAAAAUUAAGAAUUGGCUUUCUGAAUCCUGGCUCACUCGGUACUGGUCAUGAUGAGUUUUUAUAUGCAAUGGACCGCCACAACGUCGAUAUCAUGGCUCUAAAUGAGACAUGGCUACGAGAAGGGGAGGAUGCCCGAGCCCCAAGAAUUCCAGGAUACUCAUUGCGUCACGUUCCACGACCUACGGAAAUGCGUACCCGUGGCGGUGGAGUAGGUUUUUAUAUAAAACAGGGUAUUUCUGCUCGGACCCUUAAACACCCAGAUACCAUAAUGAUUGAACAAAUGUGGUUAAGUGUUAAUAUUAGGGGUAAAAUAUUAAUCAUUGGUACAGCAUAUAGACCGCCUUGGCUAAGUACGCAAACUUUUAUCGAUGCCAUUACUGACACAUAUGGGGCUUUGCCAUAUCAUGAUUACAUACUAUUGGUGAGCGAUUUUAACAUCAAUCUCCUAGAUGCAGGUAAUGCAAGUGCAGCUAUUUUUACGGACUUUCUCACAUACACAAAUAUGAAGCAAUAUGUAACCGUACCUACACAUUUCACAAGUCAUAGUGAAACUCUCCUUGAUCUCAUCUGCUCCGAUACGUACGUCGAACGAGUGUGGGUCGAUUAUAUAUGCAAUUUAAGCGACCAUGCAUUUCUAUCGUGUGAGCUAAAUAUUGUAAAGGAGAAGCCCGUAACGAAAAAAAUGUAUAGUAGACGAUUAGACGACAUAGACUUAGAACAAUUAAAAUAUUAUUUAACCACACUUAUCAACUGGGAAUUAGUAAUAUCAGAUCAUGAUAUAAAUAAAACAGUGGCAGCCUUUAAUGAUAGUAUUCUAUGGGCAGGCCUCAAGCCUCUGCCACUGAUAUAG